AUGAGCAUAUAAUUUAGUGAAAUUAAAAGUCCCAUUUUUCAAUAAGCUAGUGAUUUUGCCUAUGAUAGUUCUGGAAGUUAAAUUAUUUUGGUCAAUUCUAGCUCCUUAUAAGCUUAAUAAGUGACUUUCGAAAAAUAAAGCAGCUUGAAUUAGCAAGUAGUAGGUUAAUAAGCCCUUAAUAAUUAAUAAUAGGUUAUGUCAGAUGAUAUCUCUGAACAAUUAAGCUUUUAAAAUACUUCUUUUACAUAUAAGUAAAAUAUUUGUAUUCCUGAAGAAUAUUAGCAAGUUGUAGGCAAAGAAAUGCUUCCUCAAUAGCAAGAUAAAGAUUAAGAUAACACCAAGCAAGAUACAUAAGUAGUAAAAAGCGAUAAGAUUUAGCCAAGUUUAGGGGCAUAUUUUAACACUUUAAGAUUCUCUAAGUUAAAAAGUUCAUAGACAGGGAUUUCUAUUUCUCCUUCAGGAUUGACUGCAACUUGUAAAGCCUCACAAUCAGCUAGUUAUGCUAUUUGCGGUACAAGUUUUGCACACUAAAACUCCUAUUAUUUAGAGUUAGAAUUCCCAAAUGGGUGUGAAGGUAUAGAUUUCGGGUUAGUCUAAAUGCCCGCAAAUUUAUAAAAUCCUUAGUCCCUCAAAACUCAUUUGAUCACUUACAAGUAUAAAACAUAAAAAACGGUUGGCGUAAAAAUUGAUACAAAUGACUGGACUAUUAAAGUUUGGUUUAAUGGAGAAUUCUAAAAAGUAAAGUCAAAAAGAAUCCCAAAAGGUGAUUAUUCAUUCUGUCUUAAAAUGAAUUUGAGAGGUGUAACUUGCAUAAUUAAUCCAUUUGCAGAAGAUCCUGAAAAGAAGCUUUCUUUAUAUUAGAGAAGAACUCAUUUGAACGGAUAAGUAGAAGCAAAAGAGGAUUAAAAUGCUACUGAAUAGCCUCUAAUUUAAGAUUUGCUCAUAAAAGUUAAAGAUUUACUUAAUUAAACCUAAUAAUCACCAAAGCAAGUUGGAUCAAACAAAGAUGAAAAUAUUUCUAUAGGUUAUUUAGAAAAAAAUAAUAAUUUAAUUGCAAUUAAAGAUAAUAAAAUAAAGCUUAUUAGAAAAAAUCAUUAAGGCUAAUAUCCCUUUCAUCUUUCGCAUUUUUAGAAUCGUCCUACUAAAUUAUCUGAUAUUGUUUUCUUGCAAAUAUAUCUUUCUGAAAUCGAAGAGUUGAUAUCAUAACCUAAUUUAUUUGAAUAGAUUUCUCCAAAAAUAUCUGAAAAUUUAUUGAAAAAAUUAGCAUAAGCAAUAGAGCUCUAUGGACAUAUAGAUGAUAAUUAAAUUUUAGCUGUCCCAUUCAAUUUCUGUGAAAUAAAAAGCACAAUUGACUCAUUAAUAGAGAAUGUCACUUCCCACAUAAAUGCUAUUUAUGAGUACCUCAACCCAUCUGUUGUUUAAAAUUUACCUGAAGAUAAAUAGGUCUAUGUAGCAAACAAUAUAGAUUUAAUUAGUAAUAAUUAAGUUUAUCCUAACGAUGGACUUCCUUUUUUUAAUGAAAGUGAUGAAGAUUUACCUUAGUAGGCAGUAUUAGAAUAAGCAAGUAGUGCUGCUGAAAAGGUUGAAGAGCCAGCCUAGUAAUAAAUCAAAUAAUAAAUUUAAAAGAAGUCAUUUAAAGAAGAUACAGAUUCUCAUAAAUCAGCAGUUAGUGUAAAAGAUCCUAUUGAAAACCUGAAAGAUAUAGCAAAAAAUUGGGAUAUAAGCUCUCUUCAUUCUAUUUUAUAUACUUUAUUAAGGUUAGAUGAGUAGUUAUUUGCAAUGACUUUACACGAAGAUGCUUCAAAUGAGCUUAAAUAGCUGUUUAAUACAGGAGUUUCACGUAUUUUUGCAGCAUUUGGAAGAUUAAUUUCCUUUUAUAAUUACACUAAUACAAAUUUUUCAAUUGAGAAUUUGGCUUAAGCAGGAUUGGUAAAUAUUCACGAUUUACAAUAAAACCUUCGUCAUUUCCUUGAUUAUUAUACUCCUCUUUAAAUUUCAAAGGCUUCUAAUGUAUAAGAUAUUUAGAAAUAAAUCUAAACUCAAUUAGAAGGAAACAACUUUGUAAACGGAUCUUUAAAUUUAGACGUUGGAUUAGAUGUAACUGUGAAUUCAAUGUCCUAUUAAGUUCAUAAAAAUAGCAAAAACUAAAUAAGUGACAAAAAAGUUAAAUUUAUAAAGCCUUAAAGAAAAUACCUUAGUAAUUAUAUUUGUUCUUUUGAUUCAGAAGGUUGUGUUAACAUCUGGAAUACAGAAUUAAAUCUUCAAAGAGUCGCUAUUUCUGAAUUUAAAAAAGAGUUUGUUUUUCCAGUUGAGUGCUAAAUUGGUAAUGAUCUUCGUAAAAAUGAGGAAGAGCUUAAUAGCAAAAUGAACGAAGCUUCCAACAGUUCAAAUUUCUAAAGUUAACUCUAUAAAAUUCUUGAAAAUUCCAUAUCUUCAUAGUGUAAAUAUGCUAAGAAGCCUAAGCCUAUUGAAAAAUCGAUAGUAGCAGACGCAGAAAUUAUUGAAAAGCUAUUAAAUUAUGGUUUUACUGUUAAUGUUGCUAAGAAAGCUUGCAUUGAAGUUAAAAACGAGAGUGUUGAAAAAGCAUUAGAUGUUGCUUUAAGAAUACAACAAGAGGAAAAUAGUGAAUUAGAAUAAAAUAAUCAGAAGAGCUCACUUUUCAGUGGUGAUGAUGAAAUUCAUGUUAAUAGCAUAAAAUAAGAGUGGUCAUGCGAAAUAUGUACUUAUUAGAACUUUGGCAGAUUCUAAAAGUGUGAAAUGUGCUUUUCCCCUGCCCCUGAGAGUGCAUAUUACACAGAAGAAGAAGUAAUGGAGAUUAUGCAAGAAAAAUUGCUUUAAAAAUAGUUAGAAGAAGAAAGAAUAUUGAAAGAAAUUCAAAGAAAAGAAGAAGAAGAAAAUAGAAUUAAAAAGGAAACUCUGGAAAGAGAAGAGCAGAGAUUAAAAUAAUUAGAAGAAAAUAAAUAAAAAAUGAAGGCCUUCUUAGAGUAAUCUGAAGCUAAAAGUGGAUUCUUAUUAAAUUUAAAAUAAAAUUCUUUAGCCUAACUAAUCGCUGGUGUUUCAUUUAACAGCUAAUGUGGUAGCGGUGUCUCUUAAAAGAGCUUGCUUCGUAUUAGAAGGUUUGCAACUAACCCAAAUUUACUUAAUUAAUUUUAUAGCUUAACCUCGAAGGGUAUUGUUUGUAAUUUAAAUGGCUAAUAUAUAUAAGAAAAUACAAUUAACUCACUUGAGAGUAUUCUCUUUUCUAAUGAAAAUAAUCGCUAUAUUUUUGAAACUCUUUCACCAAUAGCUACUGAAAAUUCAGAUUUACACAAUUUGCUUGCUGUGUCAGAAGCUAAUUUAUAGUUUGAAGAAGAGAGCAUUAUCGAUUGCAGUUGGAGAUUAAUUUCAUAAUCUUCCGAGAACGAAACCUAUGAUUUAUUUAUCUUGACAUGCUCCUCAAACAAUUAAUUAAAUUUGCAUUAAUAUAAAAUGGUUUUUGAUAUCCUCGAUCCCUAUAAUCUUUAAAAGAAAGAAAUUGAAACAUAAUUCAUUAAAAAAAUUAUAAUUAGCACUUAACAAGAAAGAACCGAAGAAGGUCUUAUUGUACUAUCAGAAAAAAGCGAAGUAGUUAUAGUAGUAAUUUAAAAUAAAAUAUUCUAUAUCCCUAUAACUAAAUAAGUUAUGUCUAAUGAGAUAUAAGUAAAAGAACUAAAAGGCAGUGCUGAGAACAUUAAUUUAAUAUUAUCUGGCAGUCUAUUUAUUACAGAUAAAACAUAAACUCUUACUAUUAUUAAUAUACCCUAAUAAAUAACUGUUUAACAAACAUAGCCUAAUCAAAUUGAAUAAGAUAGCCAAAUUGAUUUAUAUAAUACAAUCAAUUUCACAGAACAAUAGCUUAAAUUUUUAAAAUAAUAACUUUAAUAUUAUCAAAUAGGCACAUUAGCUAAUAAACUCUCCUAAAAAUCUGAAUUAUAUGAUUCAUUUUCAUAACUCAAUUCUAAGCAUUCAUUUAAUUUGAGAAAUAAACAUAAAUUUGAAGUAGAAUUUUAAUUAUAGAAUCCUUAAUACUUGUAAAGCAUUCUAUUGGACUUCAGCCUAGUCUCCCCUUAGAAGGACGCAAAAUCACUUCUUCCACUUACAGACUGUAUCUUAAAAGAAAAAGUUGAUCAGAAUAGCUUCUUUUCUUUUGAUACUUGGGAGCCUUAAUCUCAACCUAAGACAUCAUAAAAUGGAAACUCAAAUUUAAAUUUAAAUGAAAAAUCAAAUAAAUACUUACCUUUAUCUAUUUAACUUUGCACUGGAACUCCUUAUUCAUAAAAGCAUUAAUCUAGUUCAAUUUUAUUCCCUAAUUAAAGUUCAUUCUAAAGCUUUGAUUAAAAUUGUUGCUUCCUGGUAAAACAUCUUCACAAUAAAUAUAUUGUUGCAGAUUCUGUAACUAUAGAAUCUUACGAUCAUCCUAUUGAAGGAGGUUAUCCAGUAGGCACUUUGUUAAUUUUCACUGCUGAUCAUCCAUCUGUUAUUGAACGUGCAGCACACCAGUUUUCUUAAAUGACAUAAGCAGAAUACGAUGAAUGGAGAGAGAAAAAUCAAGGUAGAAAUCUUGAAUAAUGGGAACCUGUUGCCUGUGUUUCAUUCAGCGAGUCACAAACUAUAAAAACUGUUAAUGUUGACUACAAAAGGUGUUCAAAGUAUAUUUUAGUAAUGCCAACUUCUCUUAGACAAAAGUUCAAGCAUUUAACUGGAAAUCAAUGUACAUCUUAUUAAUUUGUUGGUGUUUAAGGUUUUGCUCUGAAUGAAGUUUCUCAACUUGAAAAUGGCUUUAAUUUGAAAAAUUCUAGCUCAAGUGAAAUCUAAUUUAUUUAAAAAUAUAUAAACGAAAAUGUUACAAUUGAAGUUAAGACUCAGCAAAGUAAUGAGUGGAUUGCUUUAACAGAAGAAAAAACUAGCAUAUUCUUAAAGAACUUUGCUAAAAACACUGUAGUACCAAAUUAUAAAUUAAAUACUUCCAUAGUAAAGCGCUUAAGUGAUCUUGGAGAAGUAGCUAGUUCACUUGCUAAUUCUAGUGAUUUGACUCUUCAAUUUAUUUCUGAAGAUAUUUUCACAUAAUCUAAAAUAUCAUAAAUUCGCAUUAAAAUAGCAAAUAAUUAAAUAAAUAAUUUUAAUUAAAUUUAGUCAUUGGGAUUCACUGUAAAAGGUAGGAUUUAUGGUGGCUCUGGUCAAUCUCUUUCGGAAAUAUAAAAUAAUAUUUUAUUAAAUCCAUCUUACUACGAAACUAUAAAUGGCAAGAUAGUUAGCUAAUUAAUCGCCCUUUCUUCUGCUUCUUACAACUAAGCAACUAGAAAUUUAAUAGAAGCAGCAUCUUAAUAUUUAAUUUAGGUUAUGUCAAGUUCCCAUAACUACCUUCUUAAUGACGAUAUGAUAAACCUCAUUUAUACUAAAUUUGACUUAGAAAGAUUCAUAUCUUCAAAUAUUCUUUAAAAUCCUACUCGUAAAUUCACUUACUAAUAUAACCUAUUGAGAAGUUUCAGCAGAUGCACUGGCUUUUAACAAAAACUUCUUAGCGCUCUUCUUAACCUUCUCCCUUAAAUUACAACAAGAUAAAUCCCAGUCACUGAAAGCGGUUUGAGCAUUUAUUUAAGUCUCUUAAGAUGGUGUUAACCUUAAAACGCUUCUAAAAUAUUCUUACAAUUACUCAAUCAACUUCAUAUAAUUUCUAAAAAAGUAUAAGAGAAAAAAGAUUCCUAUUAUAAUAUUUUGACUUCAAGAUUUGACAUAAAUACUUUAUGCUUUGAAAAAAGUCUUUUCAGUGAGUUAUUCCUUUCCAAAGAAUAUAAAUAUUCCCACAGUAAUUUACAAGCAAAAGAUAAUAGCUACUUAAAUUCUAAAGUUUACAUCACUGAAGAUGUAUUUGUUCACGAAAUUUAUAUUGAUCUCUAAAAGAAAUAUAACUUGAAUGAAAUAUCCUUAGCAUUUAAUAGAAACUCUAUUUAUUAAUCCAGUUUUAGAGUGAUUGUUUGGAAAUUUUAAAAUAAUAAGUAAGAAAUGCUAGUAGAUGAAUAAUAUGGAAGUGAGACUUUCGUCUAGUUGUCUAACUACUCUCAUGAAAGUUCAUCUUUAAAAUAAUUUUAAAAUAGAGAAGAAAUCUCUACUUUGAAGUUGCUAGAAACAGCGGAAACCUCUUAAGUAUCUUCACGUUAUCUUAUUAUCUAAAUCAAUUUUAGUUUGAGACCUUUUAUAGGUACUUCUAAAUAAUUGAGUGAUAUUCCUUUUUAGAAUAACCAUUUUAGACCAUUAAUAUAAGGUGUACUUUCAUAGGAAGAAUCUAAUGAAUAAAUUCCUUCAUGUUUCCCAUAAGAUUUCGCUUCCUAAUCAGUUGGCAUUGAUGCUGCAGGUGUCACAAAAUCUAAAAUCGAUGCUGCAGGAGUCACAAAAUCAAAAACUGAUGCUGGAAAUUCUUAAAUCAAUAAGGAGCACUAAAGUUUAGCUAUUCUUGAUGAAAUGCAAAAUAAAUUAAAAGCUUUACUCACAAAUGAAGAAGCCCAUAGAGACAUUAUAAUUAAAUAAGUUAUUGAAAUAGAAGAGGUAUUAAAACAAAAUUAUUUACAAGAAAACUGUAGAAGGUUUAAUAAUACUAAUUAGUAAGCUGCACUUUCUAAUGAUUGCAAUUUAUCAUAUCUCUACACAUUAGCUUAUAGUUUUUCACAAUUUUUAAGAAAAAUUAAUGAAGUCAACAACAAUUCAGAGGAUAAAAAGAAUAAUUAAUGGAUUAAUUCUGCUACAAACGGAAGAAAUAAUAUUUUCCAUGAUGUGUUUGAAACUUUUGUAGUUUUUGAUAACAGUUUAUUAUCAUAGGAAAUUCUUACCCUCCUUGGAGAAGUUCUUAUUGAUAACUUAAGUGAAAAGGAAUGGUUAUAGUUUGUUUUUACUAUUCUUAAAAGAUAUUUGAUGCAACCAAAGUAAGCCACACUCCCUAUAAACUAACUCUUCUCUCAAACAAAUCUCAUCAAAGCUUUAGACAGGAUUUCUAUACCUCUUGGAGAAGUAUUGGCUUUCUUAGCUACCUAGUUAAACAUUCCUAUUGAAAAUGUCAUACUUGAAACUUAAGAAAGAGAAAUUUCUUAUGGAUACCUUGCUCCUACUUUAGCUCUGUUAUAUAAUGGAUUCAAAAAUAUUCCUAAAAUUAGCAUUAAUUAGAGAGCUCAAAAAAAUAAGGAAAAUACAAACAAUCAAUCUGCUAAUCCUAAUAAGUUAGCUUAGGUUUUAGACCCAAUGAGUUUAAAGCUCACAAAAAGUGUUUCUCGUGAAUUAGAAAGAAUAAAUAAUUAAAAAAUUGUAAGUUAAGACCAAGAAUAAUCUUAAUAAAAUAAAAUCAACUCAAAAGGAUAGAAUUCUGCUUAAAAGGAAGCAAAGUAAUCAGAUAAAAAUGAAGAAGAGGAAGAAGAUAUUUUUAUUGUCCUUCCCCCUGCUGGAGUAAAAAGAAGUGUAUCUCACCCUUUGAAAAAUGAAAUCCAAAAGAGACAGUUGCAAAACGAGUCAUAAUUGCUAACAUCUAUUGAAGAGCAAGAAGAUAUUGUAAGACUUGAUUACGAUGAAUCUUUCAAUGUUGCAUUUUAAGUUUGUGUUUGGAUUGUCGAGCACAAAAAUAAGUUUGAUAGCCAAGAGGAGUUCGUUUAACUUAUGAAACUAUGCUUCAAUCUUUUAGAAUUAAUCUCUUCCUUGUCUUCAAUGAAUGGAAUUAAGAGAACUCUACUAGCAAAUUCUUUUGAUAAUAACACCUUCUUUAAGCUUUAUUUCUAUGUCCUUUCUUCAGGUCACAAAGAAAUCAUUGCUCUACUCUCUCAUUUAGUUUUAUUAUUAUCCAAUCCUCCUUCUUUCUCAUAGAUAGAUUGGGCUUCUUUGAAUAAGGAAGAAAGAAGCUUCUUACUUAAUGAGAAGUAAAGCUUAGAAGAAAUACAACUCAUAUUGGUCUUCCAAAUUGAAUAAAUUAUGUAGUGGAUGCUUGAGUACUCUAUGUAUCCUAGUUCUUCAAAAAAUAACUUAUAUGGCAUGAUUCUCCAAAAGGAAAUAGAUUCAGAAGAAUGGUCAUCUCACUUAUAAUUUACUAUGCAGCUUCUUCUUGAAGUGAAUAAAACUUUGCAAGAAGAAUUUAAGCAUAAAUCCUUUUUGGAAGCCUCUGCAUCGAAUCUUAGAAAGGGAUCUUAUGACUAGAAUAGAAGAAGAUAGCAAUCAGCUGAAAGAAGAAGCAAGAAAAACUCUUCUCCUAAUUAAAAUACAAAUCAAUCCUCUCAAAAAGAAGAAAAUAUUGAUGAUGCAGGUGAAGUUGAAGAUGAAAUAGCUGAAAUAACUUAAAAAACAUUUAUGGCUACAUCUCACGAUCCUUCUUAAUCUGUAGGUAGAUAAAUUUCUUAAUAACAACAACACAAUGCUAAUACUAACGAUUUGGUCCCUGUUGGCAUCUCAAGAUCUUUGAGUGUCCCAAUUAAUAAGCAGCAAAUAUUAACUCAAUAUACUAAACAAUAAAUGCUGGAGUUUGUUGAUAAAAGCAUCAGUGAGAGAUCUUGCUCUCUUUCUUUGCGUACUGCUAUCACACUCAUAGAUUUAAUAGAAGCCUCUUCAACAGGUACUUAAGCUAAUUAGAUAUACAACUCAAAUGGAAAAUUGUUAAGCUUUAUUGAUAAUGCUUAAAUAUGGACUUUGCUAUUUAAAUUCAUAGAGUAAUUAAAGCUCAAGUAAAUACUUUCUUCAAAGCUUUUUGAAAGACUUGCUAAUCUAUUCUUUAACUAUGAAUUUUUAACCUCUAAGACUCUGCAAUAGAUGCUUCUCUCAAAAUCCUAUGAUUUCCUUAUGUUGACACAAAGUCUUUUUAAUAAAAUUACAAAUGAAACUUAAUCUCCUAACUUCCCACCUCAUAUGAGUGCUGUCCUAAACAGUCCUACUUUAGCUAGCAAGAGAGAAUCUGCAGUUAAAGACCAUAAAUAAUUCUGCUAACUUCUCUUGAAUAUUAUUUUUGAACAGCUCAUCCCUGGCUUAACUUUAGAAUCAACAAUUACUUCCAGUCUUCCUUCAAAGAGAAUAUUUGUGUAAGACAUACCUCAAUAAAUAUCUUCAGUAAUUGCUAAAAAAACAGGUAUUUUAUAAACAAGCUCAAUCCACUAUUUUAUUAUAAAUGGAUGGCUUGAUAUACUAUUGACAAAGAGUACUCCUAAACCAGAAUCAUACUACACAUAACCUUAAAAUGAUGUAUCAUACUGUAAAUUAAGCCCUCUAAGCGCAGCCUCUCUAUUAGUGAAUAUUAGUUAAUACUUAUUAACUCAUUGCAACUUUGGUGGUUUAAGAGGUAUUGAAAUUUCAGACCAUGAAGUUCUCAUUAAAUUAUAAAUUAUUUCCAUUCUAAUAUAAAUCUUUACUCGCUCUUAAGUUUCUCCAACUACUAAUACCUGCCCUUCUACUUCUUAGCCUUAAUGUUUGAAGGAGUUAUUUACAACAUCUGAUUAUAUUAUCUAAGAAAAAAUCACUAACAGUCUUCAAAAUUUAAUAAAGUGGUACAUCUUUAACAAGAGUAAAGAAACAAAAAAUUCACCUUGUUCAGUUAGCUUGUCUUAAAUUAGUUCAUAAGUUAUGAAGAUCUUUGAAGCAACAACUGAAUUUUAAAAUAUUGCAAAAAUCUUCUUGAAUGAAUUAAUUGUUGUUUGCAAAAAUUUAGACAGAGUAAUGAAAGAACAAUUUAAUAAAAAUUAGAUCAACGUUUUGAUUGCUUAAUAAAUAACUGAUAAUGCUUCUUAUUUAUUAGAAACUAUGUUUGAUUUGUUAGUUUGUAAUGACGAAAUUGCUUCUUAUGUGUCAUUUUAAGUAAAGGGAUUCUAGUUCCUCUUAGAAAAGAUGGGAUUAGAAAAAGUAUAAAAAGCUAAAAGAGAAAAAUUGACAAUGCCUGAGUGUAAGCCAGCUUAGGAAUCUAGUAUAAUUUGUGGAUAAAUUAUACAUAAGAAUCCAAAGUAUGAAAUAGCUUCUUACAUAGAUUCAUGCAUUUUAGGAACAUAUUAAUAGUCUCUCUCAUAAGAGGAAAAUGAUAAAUAAAACAAACUACCUGCAAACAAAUAAGCUAACCAAUAAAAUAAAGAGUCUAGCGCAAUAUCUUCAUCAGCUCCCAGUAGCCUUCUUAUCCAUAAAAUACUCCCUGAAGAGUAGUGCUCUAAAGCUACUCUUAUAAAAACUCCAGGAUAGACUUGGAUUAACAACCCUACAAAUUGGAGUGAAUAGAAAAAUGGAGCUCUAAAUCAUAACUUGAUAUGGACAUAAAUGAAUGGAAAACAACACUCAGAAUGUUAUUUAACUAUUGAAUUAGAAAAUAAGGUCUUCUUAUCAAGCAUUAAAAUUGGCUUUAACUUGUACUGGGCUGACUAUGAAGAUAAAGUUCUUGGUAUUCCAUCAAGCAUUUUAGUAGAAUACACUAGCGAUCUUUCUAUACCCUUCAAGCCUCUUACUCAUUUAUCUACAAUUUAAGAUUAAGGAUAUGAAAACUUCAAAGUAAAAGUAGCAGCCAAAAACUUUGAAAGAUUAAGAGAAGAUGGAAAUGGUGAUGUUGAAAAGCUUCUUAGGGCUAACUAUAAUUAAGAGGUUAAAUUCUUGCGCUUUAGAUUUACUCGUCCUAUUAUCAACUUUAUUGAAAAUGGAUCAGUAUUAUAAACUAAAUUAUUUGAAAAUAUUGCUAUCUCAUUAAGCUUUAUUAGUGUCAUGGGUUACCAUACUAAUAUAUUGAACUCCUAAUAAAUAACAGAAAAGGUUAUUUCUGAAUAAGAGUCAAGUGCUAUUAAGCUUAUCGGAAAACUUUGCAAUUAGUCUUUCUCUUCAACACUUAACUUGAUAGCAAACAAUGAAUCAAUAUUAGAUAAAAUCAAACGCCACUUUGAAGUUAUGAGUUUAUUAUUAGUAAAUCAUGAACACUGCUUAGCUCCUGUCUUCUUAGCUAUUGCUGGAAAUAACUAGGAAAUGGGUGAUUGGAUUCUAACUAAUUUCCUAGAUCUUAAUAAAGUUAGUUCUCAUGCAAAGAUGGUUAGCGAAAUAGUAUGCUCUUAGCUUUCUCAUACUCAUAAGAGAGUUCAAAAGGUUCAUAAUUUUGUCCUUUAAUCUGCAGUAAAAGAAAUACUUACUCUUCAAGAAGUAUCGUCAAACCAAUAUCAAGCAGCUUUCCACUUCAAUGCUCUUUUACCCUUCGCUGAAACCUGGGCAACAUCUAUCCAUAUAAGCGCUUUAGAUUUUAGCACUUAAAAUCAUCUUGCAAGUGCCAGUGGGGAAAGUAAUGAAAAAUAUAGCAAAUUACUUUUGCCUGUCACUCAAGAAAUGAUAAACAACCUUAUCAAGCUGUAUAAAAUUUUCUACUAAACUUCUAAAUACAAAUUAAUAAUAAAAAUCAUAAUCACUGCUCUCAAUUUACCAAGACCUUACGUUAUAGCUGAAAAUAUAUCAUAUGAAGAAGAAAAAGUUGUUAGAGAGAAUCUUCUCCUUAACACUUUGAAUGAACUAUGGGCAUAAUCUAAAACUGAUUCUAAGUAUCUAGAAUUGAUAGCUCCUCUCAUUUUAAGUAAUUAACGCGGAGUUGAAUGGCUUCUACUUGACGAACAAAAGAAACUUUUGUAAAUGUUAGGUUAAUUGCUUAACUUAAUUAAAUAAAGCAACUCAAGCCAACAAAAUAUGCUUAUUGACUAUCUUAACUUCUUAAGUGCAAUCACCACUAAUACUACAAUCUAAGAAGCUAUAUGCUCUCAAAAAAUGCACAUUAAUUUCUACAACUGCUUAAAAGAUAACAAUAAAAAUUCAACAAAACUUAUAAAAACAUUCUAAGACCCUCACAUGAUUUCAAUUAUUGUUGAAAUUUUGAAAAAUGUAGCCUUGUCGUCUCCUGAAUAGGCUAAAAUCUUCGCUAAAGUGUUGAGUGAUGAUAUAAAACUACUAACUUCUAAACGUGAUAUGAUAUACGUCACAAACCUUUUGGUUCCAUUACUAAAUUCUGAGAAAACAUUGUCUGUUGCCUUCCAUCCCUUCGAUAGCUUUAGCAACAAAUGGCUUGCAGAAGGUAAAAAGAUCCUUGAAUACAAGAGAGACAGAAAAGGAUAAUAAUUACCUUAAGAUCUUUCAAGUAAAUCUGCAUCAGUGUUAUCUUCUAAUUUAAAGAGACCAAAUAGCAUUCCUUCAUUCGCAACUCAACUUGGAAAGAAAGAAGUUGUUAAAGGUAUGUUCCCUUGCUGGGAUACCUUAACUCAAAGUUUGACAACAAAAUUACUUUGGAAUGAUAAAUAGCGUGAAGCAUUUAAUAGAAAUAUUGAAUUAUUUACUAAAAAAACAAAUUUAUUCUCUCAACUUUCGCAACCUGUAAAAACUUAGGAGACUGAUCCCACAAAGAAAUUACCAUAAAUGUGCUAUUAAUGGUAGCUUGUUUAAGUUUAAGAUAAAGAUUGCGAUCCCUCUAUGCUUGAACUUGUUAAAGAAAAUGUUUUAAAGCAAGGACCAUUCUUAAUUAUAAUUGAAGGCUACAAUUAAGAACAAAAAUGCGUUAGCGGUGUCUUUAGCAGCCAAAGUAUCUAAUUAUAGAAAGUCGAGACUGAGUCUGGAGAGGCUUAGAUUAUUCCUCGCGCUGAUGAUAACUUUAUCUUUUACUAUGAAGAAAACUUCUAGAUGCAUUUCGAUGUACCACCUGACAACAGCAAGCAGUUUGGUUCGUUGAUGCUUAUCGAAAAAACUGGAGCCGGACUUCAAUUCUAAUAUCUUGAAAAUGAACGCAUAUUCAUCAGUUAUUAAUAAUAAAUUCCUUCAGUUGUUGAUAUAAACUUACAAGAGAUGACUCCUAUCGACACUGAUACUAAGAAUUUCCCAAAAGAUGUACCUGCAGAAUUCGAGCUAACAAAAGUUGAAUAUUGGGUCCUUAAACCAAAAGAGAUUUAAUCUAGUUUGCUUUUUUCAUAGAACACAUCAAAGCAUGCUAAUUCAUCUUCAUUCUUACAAAAUCUUCAUAACAAUUUACUUUUCUAAUCUCAAAACCUCAGCGCAAGUAGCAUAGCCAACUACUAUAGAGCUGUUCCAGUUUAUUAUAUUCCAGAAAGUUUAGACAUUGAAAAAAUAUUAAGCAUGGUAAAUGUUGGUGGUUUCUGGUUAAGCGAUGAAGGAAAGAAUACUCUUAGCUUUAAACUAAGACAAAAUAAGAAGCAUUAAAUUUAAUUGAAUACCAAGCUCGCUGAAAUAGCUAGUGAAGGAACAAGCUCAGAUGGAGUUAUAGAUUUAGAGUUCGAUGCCUUAUAACUUUAUGAAAAUUGCACAGAAAUAACCAACCCAUACUUGAAUCCACUCACUAAUAAGGUCGACUAUUUACCUAUAAUGCCAAUAUUUGAAAUGUUCUCUCAAGAAGGAGGAAUAUAAUAAAUUAUAGAAGUUAUUUAAGCAUCUUUGAAGUGUUGGAAAAAUACUGAAAGAGCUGGAAAAUGGGAAGUCUUUAUGAAAGAACUUAAAAAAUUCAGCUUACUUCCAAAUUACUUUGGACUCUUUAUGAAAAACAAAGAUUGUAUCGAGUUGUUAUUUGAACUUUUAGCAGGGCUCCCUGAUGAAAUACCUUCAUAAGACGAUAAAAAUAAAAAACUUUCAGGAGGAUAUAAUGUUCCCCCUACAACAGGCACUACUACAGUUACUUCAACAACAACAGCAACAACUACCACAACUACAACUACAGCCACUACAACUGCUUCUGGAGCUAUUAAAGAUAAAUAGAAUGCUGCUGGAUCUAAAAAGUGGGAUGAAGAAGAGUAAAAAGCUGUUAAUUAUAGUUACCAAGUGCUAAAAGAUACAUUUAAAUUAGGAUAAGAUAAUGCUGUUAGAGCUGCUGCUCUAGAACAUGGACUUAUUGAAGCCAUUCUUGAAAAAAUAGCUUAAACUUCAAAAGAAAUAAAGAGAACCUUUGUUGCUGAUUCUACCUCAAAUGAAGAAGAAUAGGAAGAUAAUAAUUUAACACUCACAAAAUAAGCUUCAGAAGAUGAUGGUAAAAAGAAAAUUGUACAGAAAAAAGGUAUCGGUUAUGGUUCAGACAAUACUGGAUAAAACCAAAAAUGGAAUACUAAUGAUUAUAUAGAAUCUAAAAAGGCUAGAUCUGAAUCUCUCAAGAAUCUUGUUGCAGUUUUAGAAGCAUUUUUGGACUUCAAAAACUGGGAACCACCAAAAUUGUUAGUAGAAUAACUGAUGUCAAGUGCUCUAUUACCUUUAGUAGAAUCAUCUUUAAGAAGUGGUUCUCUAUUAGAAAUGUCAAAGGAUAAAGAAUUGGUUUUCACUUAUUUGAGUUUGUUGAGAGUCAUUGCUAAAAAUAGUUGUUUAGUCCCUUGUUUAUUGCCUCUUGAUCCUAGAUAUAUUCCUAAGCAAACUGAAUCGGUACUCUUCCUUAUUGGAUAAUUAAAGGAUACUGCCAAAAUUUUCUUAAGUUGCAUGACUGCUAAGACUGAUAACACAUCUUCAUAACAAUAGUAAGAAGAGACCGCUAAUUCUAAAAAAUUAGCUGAUGAAAUUCUUUUAACAUUUGAAGCAAUUAACGACGCUUGCAAGCAUUAUCAAUAAGAACAUGAAGAAGAAGAAGAUUUAAACAGCUAGCAAGAUGCUAUCAAUUAGGUAUUAGAAUUACCCCUACCUUAAAAAUAUAAAAUAUUACUGUAAGAUUUGAGGUUCGAUUAUACUUCAUUCAAAAAUGAGCAAGGAAAGUAUAAGCACCACUACUCUUCAAGUAUCACAACUUCUUAUACCCCUCCUUAAGCUAAAAUGGUUCGUCUUGCUUAAGAAUUAGCAGAUUUAUCAACUGCACUUCCUAUUGAUCAUACAAAUUCUAUAUUUGUUAGAUGCGAUACAGAUAGAGUAGAUGUAAUGAAAUGUAUGGUUAUGGGUUCUAAGGGAACUCCAUACGCACACGGAGCUUUUAUUUUUGAUGUAUACUUCAGUGAUGAAUAUCCUAACUAGCCUCCUAAAUGCAAUCUUGAAACAACUGGUGCUGGUAAAGUCAGAUUUAAUCCUAAUUUGUAUGCUUGUGGUAAAGUUUGUCUCUCUCUGCUUGGUACUUGGAGAGGUAACGCUAGUGAGAAUUGGGAUCCUAAGAUUAGUACUUUACUAUAAAUUUUAGUUAGUUUAUAAGCAAUUAUUAUGAGUGAAGAAGUAUAUUUCAAUGAACCAGGAUUUGAAGGAGAAGCUGGCUCUGAGGAAGGAGAGAGAAAGAAUGAAGCUUAUUCUAACAUCGUUAGAUAUUGCAAUAUUAAAUAUGCUAUGAUAGAUUAAAUUAAAAAUCCUCCUGAAGGUUUCUAAGCUGUUAUUAUGAGACACUUCUACCUUAAGAAGUAAGAAAUUCUUGAAGAAUGUUAAAAAUGGAUUAAAUACGCAGAUGUAAGAUAGGCUUCUUAUGUUGGCUUAGUUAAUGAUCAUAAUAGCUCAUGGUGUGCAGAAUUCAAAACUAAAUAUCCAUAAAUGUUGCGUGAAGCAGUUACUGAACUAGAGGAAGUUCUUAAUUCAAUCCCACCUCCAAGCGCUUAAGAAACUAAACUUAAACUUAAAAACAUCAAGAAGAAACCAAAGAAACUUGAAAAGAAGCAAUAGUAUGACAUCACUUAAGGUGUUGCUAAAAUUGACGACAUUGAUGUUAAGUACGAUGAUGAAGUAGAAGAAAAGAAAGAAGAUAAUAAAGAAAAAGAUUUUAUUGAUAUUAAUGAUGAAAAAGUUAAGGAUAGAUGGAGCAGAUAUAUUGGAGCUAUGGGUAUUGAUGCCGUAGCUAAAUAGUCUAAGUGUUCAGUAUUCUUGAGCGGUUUAGGCUCUUUAGGUGUCGAAAUCUCCAAGAAUUUAGUCAUGAGUGGUAUUAAGAGACUUACUAUACAUGAUUCUAAGAAAACUUAAUUCAGUGAUUUGUCAGGACAAUUUUACUUGGGAGAAGAAGAUAUUGGUAAGAAUAGGGCUGAAUAAAGCUUAAAGAAAAUCAGAUAACUUAAUCACUACGUCAAAGUAGAUACAGCAAUGCUUGACAAAGAGCUUCCUGAAACUGAAGAGGGAUUAAAAGAAGACUUAAAAUUGCACGAUUACAAUAUUGUUGUUCUCACUGAAGUGCUUUCUAUGAAAAAAUAAAUUUUAAUCAAUGAAUUCUGCCGCUCUAGAGGUAUUAAAUUUAUUAGUGCUGAUGUUUUAGGUCCUUGGUGUAGACUAUUUAAUGACUUUGGGGAUAAAUUCGAAGUCAUUGAUAAGAAUGGAGAAGAUCCUUAGGAAGUAAUGAUAAAAAAUAUAACUAAUGCUGAAAAAGGUGUUGUUACUCUGCUUCCUGGAGUAAAACAUCCUUUUGAAGAUGGUGAGCAUGUUAUAUUCUCAGAAGUCUUGGGAAUGGAACUCUAAUAAGAAAAAGGAAAAGAAGAAACUUAAACAAUGACUAUGAUGGGUGGAGACGAAUCUUCCAAACCAUCAAUUAAUAGCACUAUUCAUAAGAUUAGAGUAAUUAACUCCAAUUCAUUUGAAAUUGGAGAUACUAGAGGAUUUACCAAUUACGUUAGAAAUGGUAUCGCUAAAAAUAUAAAAACUCCUGUUAACAUUUCCUUCAAGAGUAUGGCAAAUGUCUUUAAUGUCUCAAAAUUAGAUGAAGUUCCUUUUGAUCCAAAUUUAAUAAUUCAUGAUUUUGAAAAAAUAGAAAAUCCUCAUAUCUUAUUCUUAGCAUUUAAAGUACUUGAAGAAUACUAAAGUACCCACAAAGGAUGUUUACCACAGUGCUGGAACGCUGAUGAUGCCAAACAAUUCUUGACUUUAGCAGAACCAGUAAUAGCUAAAUAUUACCCUGAUUCUUCCUAGCAACCUAAAAACCUUAAAGAAAUUCUUUUACGUUUUGCUUUAACUGUUAAUAGUAAUGUUGGUCCAUUUGCAGCUUUCUUAGGUGGUUUUGUCACUCAGGAAAUCGUUAAAGCAAUAACUAAUAAGUAUAUUCCUACUUCUUAAGUAUUUUUCUCAGAUUGUAUGGAAAUCAUUCCAGAAAGCGGAGAUCUAAAUAUCAAUAAUUACGCAUCUUAUAUAGAAAAGAAUUAUGCCUUAGAGUUUGCUCCUACUAAUGACAGAAAUGAUGGUAUCCGCCAUGCUAUCGGAAACACACUCCUUAAUUAAAUUAAAUUCUGCAAUCUCUUUAUGAUUGGAUGUGGUGCUAUAGGAUGUGAACUUCUUAAGAAUUUUGCUAUGAUUAACCUAGGAACAGGCGUUGAUAAGCAAAAUGGAAAAAUAGGCUAACUUACAAUUACAGAUCCUGAUCAUAUUGAAGUAUCUAACUUAAAUAGAUAAUUCCUUUUCCGUGAGAAACAUUUACGUAAGCCAAAAUCAUAAACUGCAGCAGCAUCAGCUAUUCAAAUGAAUCCUCUAUUAAAGGAUCACAUUUUAGCUCGUUUGGAUAAGGUUCAUGAUGGAACAAUCAAUAUCUUCUCUGAUAAAUUCUUCUCAACUUUGAAUGUAGUUGCCAACGCACUUGAUAAUGUUUAAGCAAGAAGAUAUGUUGAUUCUAGAUGUGUAAGUAACAAAAAGCCUUUGUUAGAAAGUGGUACACUUGGUCCUAAGGGACACGUCCAAGUAAUCCUUCCUUAUAAAACUGAAAGUUAUGGAAGUCAGUAAGAUCCUUAGGAAGAGGGAGAAAUACCUCACUGCACUUUAAAGAUGUUCCCUGAAGAAACUUUACACUGUGUUGAAUGGGCUCGUGACAAAUUUGGAAAGCUAUUCACUUUGAGACCAAAGAGCGUAAAUAAAAUCUUAGAAGAUUCUAAUUAUGACCCAUAAGGUGGACAAGAAUUAAAGGAAUUCAAAGAAGCAAUAAAAUUAUUAGAGAAGAGACCCCAGUCAUUCUCUGAUUGCAUUGCCUAUGCUGUCAAAAAAUUCUAUAAAUACUUCAGAAACGACAUCUGCUAACUUAUGUACACAUAUCCUAUUGAUUCAAAAACUAAGGAUGGCGAACCUUUCUGGAAACUCCCUAAGCGACCUCCUACUGAUAUUAGCUUUGAUCCUAAUAAUUAAUUACAUCGUGAUUUCGUCACUGCUUUAGCUGUUUUACGUGCCAAGAUAUUCUAGGUAGAGUAUCCAAAGUCAUUUAGAACUGAAGCUGAGAAAAUAAAAAUUGCUUAAGAGGCUAGUAUAGUAAAGAUAGAAGAUUUUAAACCAUCAGAAAAUAAAGCCUAAGCCAUUUCAUCAGAAGUAAACAAAGAUAAAAAAACAGAUGAGAAUGAUAAAGAUGAAUAAGAGGCACAAGAAGAAGACCAACAUUCAAAUAAGAUAAUGGAUGAAGUCGCUGAAAAGGCUAUGCUCAUGAAAAAGCUCUCUGAAAUUAAGAAAGUUAUUCCUGAAGAGUAUUUCAAGCCAAAUACUGAAAAGCACCUUUUACUUGCAGAGGAAUUUGAGAAGGAUGAGGAUGAUAAUGGUCACAUAGAUUUAAUUUAUGCAAUGGCUAACUGCAGGUCUACUAAUUACAAACUUGCUCCAAUGGAUUGGAUUUAAGUUAAGAUUAAAGCUGGCCGUAUUGUUCCUGCUUUAGCUACAACCACUGCAACAGUCGCUGGUUUGCAAACAAUAGAAUUAAUAAAAAUAUUGAAAAAUGAAAAGCUCAGUAAUAUGAAGAAUGCUUUCUUGAAUUUAGCUGUCCCUCUCAUUCAACUCACAGAACCUUAGAAAGCUGAAUAAAUUAAAAUACAUGAAGAGUUAGAAGUUACACUUUGGGAUAGAUGGGAAGUGUCCCUGGGUUAAAAUGUAACUCUAAAAUAGGUUUUCUAACAUUUCGAAACUAAAUAUAAGCUUAACGUUUGCGAUAUAAUAAGUGGAAGCAAACCUAUUUAUUUAAGUACUGUGAUGGACAUAGCAGGAAAAGAACAUGAAAAAGAAAAGACUUUGAAUAGCCAAAUAACCGAUAUUAUUGAAGUCGAAGAUGAUUACAUUGAUUUAAUAUUUACUUUCUCAAAUAAGAAAGGAGAAAAAGUAAAACAAACUCCUCUUGUACGCAUUUAAUUCAAGUGA